AUGGCUGGCCCGCAGCCAACGCCAGAGCAGAUGGCGGCCAUGCAACAACAAAUGGCCGCCGAAGCUGCUAAGCACGGCAUGACGCCGCAAGAAUUUGCAGACAUGCAACGGCAGCAACUUGAGCAAGAAGCCGCGAAACACGGCUUGACAUUGGAGGAAUACAUCAACGAACUACGGGCAGAGGCGUUCCGCCAGCACCAGAUGCAGCAACAGCAAAUGCAACAGGAGAUGGGAGCUAAAGAACAAGAACACAGUCAUGAAGGUGGUGGGUGCUGUGAUCAUGAUCAUGGACAUCAACACGAGAGACGAGUGCCCGUCAAUGCUGGCGUGGAGCCUGAUCCCAAAGCAUUAGCUGUCGCGAAUUUCCUCAGAUCGCAAAACCUCAAGACAAGAACCUGUAUUCUCGAUGGCCAAAGAAGAGACAUGUUCAAAGUAAAACGAGCUCUUCGCGCCCUUGAAUCUCCGGCAUAUGCAAAAGCGGCUUCAAAAUCGAAAUCUCUCCUUCCCCCCGUCACCGACCGCGCUUCCGCAGAAAACACAUUUAAACUCCUGCCCAUGUCCCUUCUCGCCCUUCGAGUAACCAAAAUUGAAGAGCCGAAUCGUCCCAAGCAGAAACGAGUAAAAGGCCAGUGGAACGUCCGCAUAGAGCAACACCAAGAAACCGAUCCCAUGCUACACUACGCCUGGUUAUAUGAGGGCCCGCAAUGGAAGCAAAAGGCUAUGGCGGCCGGUGUCCUUGUCCUUAUCAUGGCGGUGGUUAUGUUCCCAUUGUGGCCUAUUAUGUUGAGGCAAGGCGUGUGGUAUCUGAGUAUUGGAAUGAUGGGCUUACUAGGCCUGUUCUUUGCCAUGUCGAUUUUCCGUUUGAUCCUGUUUUGCGUUACAUUCUUUGCGGUUCCUCCCGGUCUUUGGUUGUAUCCCAAUCUAUUCGAAGAUGUUGGAUUCUUCGAUAGUUUUAGGCCAGUAUGGGGAUGGCAAGAGACUAAAAAGAAGAAGAGAUCUAAGAAAACCAAUGGAGCCGCCGCGCCGUCUGCAAAACCCUCAAAAUCCGCUGACACCCCCGCCGCACCAACAGAAGAUUCGACACCCUCUGCUGCAACCUCUGGAGCUCAGCCUGUGGCCAGCUCUGAAGGAGCCAUGAAACGAAACUUGUCUGCAAGUGUCGAAGAUGCGGAUGAUGAGUAG